CCUGCCCACGGGGCCCCCCAUGCGCCCGCAGCGCUGCCUGCCCGAGGGCCGGCCGCCCGCGCGGCCACCACGUGGCGGGGCUUAUCUGACCCGCGGCUCCUCUCCCCGAAGGUUUCUGCGGGCGGAGGGAAGCACUGGGGCCCAAAUAUGUGAACUUCGGUUUACUUCUGUUUCCCAGCCCCGGAGAGGAUUUGCCCGAAGACGUAAGCCUGGGGAAAAAACCCGAGUGGCGUGGCGCCCUGGGGGCCACUCACCGAAAGUUAACUCUUCGCCAACCUCUGAACUGCCGCCUGGCCCCAGACCUGGCAGGGGGACUUGCCCUAAGGCCAGCUUUGGCAUCUCCUCGUCCACCUCCACCACCAUCAGCCUUCCUUUUCAGUGGGAGGCUCUGCCAAUGGCCAGCGAUUUUCAGAAUAAAGGAAGAGAACUAGGAUCUUACCAGUCCGUGGAGGACUUGCUUGCAUAUGGAUGGAUGGAUAGAUCGACUGAUCUUGUGUUAUUACGAUACAGACAGAUGGCAGCCGCACCGAAUCCUUCAUCAGGCUAUAAUUUAAAUAGAAUUCUAAGAUCUAGCAACUAUUUAAAAUCCCUCAUCUGGUGGUGCAGGCAUUUAUUAAUCAAUAUUAACGGUGUCCAUAUUAAUGGACUACACCUUUCUAAAGCUGACGUUAGAUUGUGAGACCCUGUUUUAAAUUAAGUUUCCUUUGCUCUAU